AACGAGCCAGCUCGAGCUCGGUCGAGCCGAGGGGUCGAUAUCCACCCCUAGCUGCCUGGUGCCCACGAUAACCCAGAGACCUCGAGAACGGCUGGAAGAACCGAGAGCGCUCCGGAAAUGUCGGCGGGUGAGCUGCGGUUGGAGCUGGACGAGCUGCGGCGGCUGGAGAGCCUCGCCAAGCACCCCCGCGUCCAGAUCCUCCUCGCCAACGAAAUCCGCAACGUUGAAGCGAAGUUGGCGAAGGCAACCGAACCAUCGCCUGAGCCACUGGCGGCGGCUUCUGCGCCAGCGCCCGCGCCCGCUGCGCGUCCUGUUUUAAGCUACGUCACUCUUGGGUCGUUCAGCUGGGAGCAGGACAACGAGAAGAUUAGGAUAUAUGUUUCCCUUGAGGGAGUUGAGCAAGAGAAGGUGGAGACUACUUUCAAGCCAACAUCAGUGGAUAUAAAGUUUCAUGAUGUCAAAGGCAAGAAUUACCGGUGUGCUAUACCAAAGCUGAACAAGGAAAUUGUUCCUGAGAAAUGUAAGGUUGUGGUGAAACCAACCAGGGUUGUUGUUACUCUUUUCAAGGGUUCUAAAGGCAACUGGUUAGACUUGCACUUCAAGGAAGACAAGUUCAAGCCAAACAUGGACAAGGAAAAAGAUCCGAUGUCAGGAAUUAUGGACUUAAUGAAGAACAUGUACGAGGAGGGCGACGAGGAUAUGAAGCGCACAAUAGCCAAAGCUUGGUCUGAUGCCAGGUCUGGGAAGACGACUGAUUCGAUGAGCGGAUUACGUUGAGCUGGUAUAAUCAGUUGAUGGGCUUAAGUUUUCUGCGCUAGCCCCUGCAGCCGAAGUGUUUCUGAUGGUUCAAAUAGCGUUGCAGUGCCUUGUUGGUGUUAGUCCUUGUUUAUCUUACAUUUGUGAGUGAAGUUGGACGUGCCAAACAUAUUUAAAUAUAUCCUCUUGAACGGGGGAAAGAUCAUAUCAAGUCCAAGAGGUUUUGUGCUUUUGUG